AUGAAUAUUAUUGGGUGCAAGUGGGUGUUCCGCACCAAACGCAAGUCAGAUGGCACGGUGGAGCGUUAUAAAGCGCGGCUCGUGGCUAAGGGGUUUAAUCAGGUGGCCGGAGAAGACUUCUUUGACACCUUCAGUCCCGUGGUUAAACCCACUACAGUCCGUUUCAAAUCCUCCAAAACCGAUGUCUCCUUGUUCUACUACACAGCAGGUGAUUCCCGGGUUUUCUUACUCGUCUAUGUUGACAACAUCAUAAUGAUGGGCAAUGAUGCCGUGUUAGUCGCCUCUUUGCUGCAACGACUUGCAUCCGCAUUCAAAAUCCGCGAUCUGGGAACUCCACAUUUCUUUUUGGGCAUCGAAACCAUUGCAGACGGUGAUUGCAUUAUUCUUUCUCAACGACGUUACAUGACUGAUCUCUUGGGACGAGCUGGAAUGGUUGACUGCAAGCCUCUUGCCACACCAGUAGCUGUUACGAAGUCAGUCAUUCCAUCUGAUGAGCCGUUUGAGAAUCCGACUCAUUACAGACGUGUGGUCGGCGCUCUUCAGUAUCUCACCAUCACACGGCCUGAUCUUGCAUACUCGGUAAAUAGACUCUAUCAGUUCAUGCACUCGCCUACUACCGAACACUGGGGACUUGUCAAACGGGUCCUACGCUACAUUAAGGGAACUCUUUCACUAGGGUUGCGGUUCUCACCAUCAUUUUCUACUCGCAUACAGGCCUACUCUGACUCUGAUUGGGCAGGUUGUCCUAUUGAUCGCAAGAAUACAAGUGGGUUUGCUGUCUACCUAGGCUCUAAUCUCAUCUCCUGGCUAUCCAAGAAGCAACGCACCGUCGCUCGGUCUUCCACAGAGGCAGAAUAUAAAGCCCUUGCUGACGUAUUAGCUGAGAUCACUUGGGUUGUCUCUUUGUUACAGGAGUUAGGUCUACACUCUGGUGAGCCCGCGUCCUUAUGGUGUGACAAUCUUGGAGCAACUUAUCUGUGUGCGAACCCGGUCUUCCAUGCGCGUACUAAACAUGUUGAGAUCGACUACCACUUUCUCCAAGAUAAGGUGGCUUCUGGAGACUUCGUUGUCAACUACAUCUCGACUACAGAUCAACUUGCUGACAUCUUCACUAAACCGCUUCCAGCGCCUCGCUUUGCUACUCUACGGGACAAGCUCAAUGUUGUGCUUCACCAACCUUGUUCUUGA